AUGGCAUCAACACCCAAGAGGAGGAAGAGAAGCAAAGGAGCCUCGGCCAAUACCAGCGAUGGCCAUCAGAUUCCCCCCACUGCAGGAAUGCCGCAAGGAGACCAGGAAGAAAUGAUACGGUCCUGUAUGGCUUCAAUCCUACCAUCUAUUGAGGACUCUUUUAGGCGUUAUAUGGCUGACUAUCAUAGCAGAAGUAGCCAGACGCAGACCAAUCCUCCUACCAUCAUAGCACAGCUUGGACAGCCCCAGUCAGCGGCGUCUGAUUCAGUCCCUUCUGAGACCGUGCCAACCAACCCUCCACUGUUCCAGGAAAUUACCGCACAAGGUAACCCUUUGCCUGAACAAACUAAAGAGGGGGACUCACACCCUGCAACAGGCCUAACAUUGGGGGUAGACAUUAAAAUAAGGGCCAAAAUCCAUGCCAACGAAUUCGUUAAAUUUGCUACCCUAUUGCCCAAUGACCUUGAUUAUGAAGAAACUGAAAAGUAUAAGUCAGUAGAUAAAGAUGGUCAGUUAAUCUUCGUUAAGACAAAUGAAAAAGGUUCAUUGAAAACAAUCAACAAGUGGGUCGAGGCCUUCCACAUAUUUGUAGCCAUUUAUGCGGAGAAAUUCCCCCAUGAAAUUGGUAAACUGAUGACCUACGCACACACUGUGCAAAAAAUCGCCGACUCUUGUGGGGAUCGAGCGGCCUUACUGUAUGACGAAAAAUUUCGGCGUUGGCGCGAAAAAGAACCUUCCUCGUGUGCAUGGGAUAAGAAAAAUAUUGAACUAUAUCAAGAAGCUUUAGUCUCGGGCCUAGACUUCAAGCUUAAAAGCAAGAAACAGCCCUUUCGUGCCCAACCCAAGCAACAUAGCUACUGCUACUCCUACAACAAUCUUGGAUCAUGCAAUAAAAUCAACUGCCCCCACCAGCAUGUCUGUCAGUACUGUGCGGGAAAGCACCCUCGUCAACGAUGCUACAACCGAUCAAAACAAGGCUUUUCAAAACAAAACACUAAUAAACCCAGUAGCACAUCCAACAAACCAGCACCUUUGUCCAAGUGAAAAAGAUAUAAGUAUCAUUACACCAAUUAAGGUUGAUAAAUUGGCUAGUUAUCUUGAGGGUUAUGAUUCCACGUUAACCUCAUUUCUCAU